GAGGGGCAGGAUCCGCAGAGAGAGAGAGAGCGAGAGAGAGCGAGAGAGAGAGAGAGAGAGAGAGCUCCGUUCCUCUCAGUCACCACUGCUCUUUAUCAAUCAUAUUAAAUCCGUUCCUUUAGCGAUAUGGAAUAACAGAAGAUGUCGCUCGUUAGAAGCUGACAUUUUAUCUUUUCGACCCGUUUGUAAGGGCACCUUUGUCUUCAAGAAGAGGCUCUUUUUUCACCCACCACAUGUUCCUUCGUCAGCUGAGCUCCUUCGGCUCCUCCUUCCUUCCUCGCAGCCGUCCCCCGCUCUGCAGGGCUGGCUUCAGGAGCAGCAGUGCCUCCUCCUCCUAUUUCCCGCGUUGCAUCCCCGCUCCUCAUCCAUGGUGCUCGGUGCGGGGAUUCCCCCCCCGGCCUCCUGGACUCCCCCGCUCCCACCCAGCAGCCCGACAGGUCUUCUCUGGUAGGACGUUACACCCUCGGGGCAUCAGCCGGGGUAACUUUGGCGGUAGCUGGCAUCCGUUCUCCACCUCUGCCGGCCUCAUGAUGGAGCGGCCUGACAGAGAGCCUCCUCACAAACGGAGAAAGAGUGCGGAGGAGACGAGGAGCGCUGAAGAAACCCAACACCGAAGAGAAGGGCAUGGGGCGACGGCAGGCAAGGCCAAGGACGGAGGCUCCAAGAGGGAGCACCAUCACCGGGAUUCCAGCACAGACAGCCUCCCUCGAACACACCACGGCUUCAAAGAUGGAAGUAAAGACAGAGGGAAGAAGGGAGCUGGAAAAGGCCCCGGUUGGGCACACAGCAGAGAUAAAGAUGUAGAAAGGACUAAAACUGGGAAUAAAGACAGACAGCCAACAGAUGAAACCCCAGACCGAGGGAGGAGCGCACAUCAGCAAGGAGGGCAUAGAGAUUCCCAGCCUCAAACCCCCAAGUCGAAACCCAAACAGGAUAAAGUUCCCAUGUACAGACCCAACCCCUGGUUCAAAGACAGGGACGCAGAGGAGCAGGGAGGGGGGACGGUGCUUCUUUCCCAGCAGGAUGCCGGAGCCAGCGGGCAGCCUCCUCCACCUGGAACCUGUCCACCUGUAGGACAACAGGAAGACGCCAAACCAACGAAAUCUCUUCAGAGACACUGGGAGGCCUCGCUUGUCUGCAGUGCCGACACCCAACCGCCAGGGGACAGCACAGCGUUUGACUUCUCAGUGAUGUCCUACAACAUCCUGUCUCAGGAGCUGCUGCAGGACAACGCCUACCUGUACCGCCACUGUCACCCCGGGGUCCUGCCCUGGGACCACCGGCUGCCCAACCUGCUGGCUGAGAUCCAGCAGUACAACGCUGAUAUUCUGUGUCUUCAAGAAGUCCAGGAGGACCAUUAUGAAAACCAGAUUAAACCUGCUCUACAGGCACUAGGUUACCAUUGUGAGUACAAGAAGCGAACCGGAGGGAAACCAGACGGUUGUGCUGUUGUCUUUAAAACCUCCCGCCUGUCACUCCUCUCGUCCAAUCCCGUUGAGUUUCUCCGCCCCGGCGACGCCCUCCUCGACCGGGACAACGUGGGAUUGAUUGUGCUGCUGCAACCUGUCGACGCCAUGAGCCAAUCAGACCCCUCCGCCUUCAUCUGCGUGGCCAACACUCACCUCCUCUACAACCCUCGGCGCGGCGACAUCAAACUGGCCCAGCUGGCGAUCCUACUGGCCGAGAUCAACCGGCUGUCCCGCCUCCCAGACGGGGCGCCCAGUCCGGUUGUGCUGUGCGGGGAUUUUAACUCGACGCCGAGGAGUCCGCUGUACAGCUUUCUGACCACGGGCUGCCUGAAGUACAAAGGGCUGCCGAACAGCAUGGUGUCUGGUCAGGAGAACAGUCCCAGAGGUCAGCGUCUCCUCACGUCUCCGCUCUGGUCUCCCAAUUUGGGAAUCAACCAUCAGUGUCAGUACGAGGACAAAGCUGCCGCUGAGCCGUCCUCCAGCAGCCCUACAGCAGUAGAAGGAGCGAUCUCUAAUCUGACUGUAGAAGAUCUCGCCACCAAACCUGCCGCUGCUGUUGCUUUUAACAGAGCGAGGAUCGAGCACAGCUUGAAGCUGCAGUCGUCCUACCAGCACCACCUGAAGCCUGAUGGGAGACCUGAGAUCACCACCUGUCACUCCCGUACGGCCAUGACUGUGGAUUACAUCCUGUACACUCCCGAAUUCAUCGCACCUCCUUCACUUCCUGGUGGGCGGGGCCUCCAACUGCUGGGCAGGCUGUCAUUGGUCGGCGAGUCGGAGAUGGAGGAAGUCAACGGCCUGCCCAACCAGUGUCACUCGUCCGAUCACCUCCCUCUCCUUGCCCGCUUCCGCUUCCGGCGCUGACCUGGGGUGGUGGGGGGGGGGAUCCCCUGGACAGCCAAUCACAGCUCUCGCAGCACGACGCCUCAACAGGGCAGCUCAGGGAAGACGGAAGCGUUUAUCGAUUUGAAGUAAAACACAAAUGAAUCCAAAUAAAGUUCAAGUUGUUUUCUCACACGCACUGAAACAGGAUUAACAUCACACCUGCAAAGUCCCUUUUUCAUCCCUGCUUAGCAGUUCAGCGUAGCGAUGAAAAAGAAAGACUAAUGUUAGAACCAUGGCUCGUAUGUACAAACAUCAACCAUACUUCACUACCGAAACUAACUUUUAAUCUGAUUCAUAGUUGUUCUCUUGCUGUAGAUAAGAUCAGUUUUUGUUCUUGUUUGCGGAAAGAUUAAGUUCUUUUGACCCAACUUAGUUCCACUUGGGUGUAAUCUAUGAAGGGACAGAUUUCAGAAGCCUGAACAUUAUUACUUGAAGUGAAAGUGCUGCUGAUGAGGAGUGGGCCAUGAUAGAGGGGCAAAGCCACAGGAGCUGCAACGAUGAGUCAACUAAUCAAUCAGUCGAUCGACAGAAAAAUGUUUUCAUCGUUUAAAAUCGUUUAAAGCAUAUUUUCAUGCAGAAAAUGCAGUUUUCAGACUCAAACAUGAAGAUUUUAAUGCUUUUCUCUUUUUUAUAUUGAACUGUAUUUAUUAGGGUUGGAUUGACAAAACAUCUAAAGACUUGUGAGAAACUGUGGUGAACAUUUUUAAAUAUUCUUUGACAUUUUAUAGACCAAAGGAUUAAACGAUCGAUUUAGAAAAUAAUCGUCAGAUUAAGCGAUAUUGACAAUAAUUGUUAGUUGCAGCCCUAAAAGCAACAACAAACAUUUGAUUCUGAAAAAUCCAGAGUGUUUCUCUCAUCUUUCAAGUUUCAGACAAAAACAAAAAACAAACAUGAAAUGAUAGUUGACGAAAAAGGAAGCGGCUGGUAUGCUGUUAAAUGAAAUUCCUCUUCAAACUGUUUGAGUGAUGGAAUCCAUACGUUUUCCUGCACCAGUUUCCAAGUUGCCCCUGUAUCAUUGCGUUGGAAAUGAUUUAUUUUAUAUUGUGUUCUAUAAUUUAUGAUUUUGCUUCACAUUUACAAAAUAUUUGGAAACUUGGACUUCGAGUACAUUUUAUGUGCAGACUCAAACCAAUCUGGAGUAUGAAUUUAGUGCCAUCGGUUAUGAGUAAAGAAAUAUGUUAGGAUCAAACUUUUCAAUGGACAUUGUGCUAUGAUUUCAGACUUAAUACAUAAUAAGCGGUGGAUGUAUUUUUUUCUAACAUUUUGGAAAGAGAUUUUAGUGUUGUAAAUAAAGGACUGUUUUUACAC